AUGUCCAACAAGCCCCUCACCAUCGCCAUCGGCUGCGACGACGCCGGCUGUGGCUACAAGAACAAGAUCAAGGCAGACUUCGAGAACGAUCCUCGCGUUGACAAGGUCAUUGAUGUCGGCGUCAACAGCAGCGAUGACAAGACUGCCUACCCACACCCUGCUGUCGACGCUUCAAAGCUCGUAGCAGAAGGCAAGGCCGACCGCGCACUCUUGAUCUGCGGGACCGGUCUCGGUGUCGCCAUCUCAGCAAAUAAAGUCCCCGGCAUCCGCGCCGUUACUGCUCACGACAGUUUCUCCGUUGAGAGAGCAGUGUUGAGCAACAAUGCCCAAGUACUAUGCAUGGGCGAGAGAGUAGUUGGUGUCGAGGUUGCGAGAAGAUUGGCCAAGGAGUGGCUGGGCUACAAGUUCGAUGAGCAGAGUGCAAGUGCGAAGAAGGUAGAUGCCAUCAUGGAGCACGAGAGGAAGAACUACCAAGGUGCGCAACAUGUUGAGAACAUUGCUCUGGGCAAGGCUGCUUGA